AAGACUGCAGAGAAACCUCUUUAAAAGCUGCACCCAGUGAGGAUAUCUCCGACGGAGAUGACUGACAUACUGCGGCUGGUGUCAGAAGUGGACAGGCGGAUCUUCCAAACUCUCUCCCAGCUCUCUGAAAACGAUAUCAACUGUAUUUGGGCUGAUGUGUCCGCCUACAUUGAACGUCAGAUGACCUUGCAGAAGGGGGUCCACCUGGCAGGACUGGGGACCUUCAGCUUCUCUCAGCAGAAGCUGGACAUAGGAAACAAGUUCACAAUGAUCCAAAGACCCAUCUUCCUCCUGGCUGGGAAACUAGUCCAGUCUCUGGGUUUAAAGCAGGUCAGGCCCCUGGCUGCAGCAACACACCUACCAGUGGUGCAACUGAACUUUGCAGCUGUGUCACAAGAGACUCCUUUCAGUCGAGAUGUAGUGGAGGGCUGCAUCAGAGAAACUCUUCUUUUCCUCUUCAGAGCUUUAGCCUCUGAACAAAACGUGUUCCUCACCUUCCAGGGAAUUGGAGUUUUGUCCUUUAAGAACAACAAGGUGCGGAUGAAGUUCAACAGAGAUUUUAUUAAUGCCAUGGAUGGAACUGGUCGUCUGCUGUUGACCUUUAACAAUAGACCUGGGAGCAGUGUCUCUUUACUCUCUGGUGGCCUGUCCAGGCUUCAGAGGCCAAGGACUGCCGUCACCCUGCCAACUGUCUGCUCUCCUCAGCCAGACAACAAAGCCGGUGACAAAGAUCUAUGGUGCUUGUCACCAACUCCAGACCAGAGGAAUGCAGGAGGAGUUCCCCAACAGAGAGAAUCUAAAUCCCAUCAGCCACUGCAGCCGGCCAAGAUGAAAGCUGUCAGCCUGUCUGAAGAACUAAAUCCAAACCCCCCCACGGAGGCCACAGACAAGCCUACCACCUCCAUCACACCACCAGAGGCCACUCCCAAACUGGUCGAACCUCGUGUGAACGUCAGCUGCUCUAGCCACACCCGUGCUGGACAGGAGCUGUGCUACCUGUGUAUGCAGCGGGCCCAAAGAAACGUUCCAGUCUACCUGAGGGAGCAGCAGCAGGCAGAGGAGAAAGCUCAGGAGAAACUCUUACUGCUUAAAGAGCAACUGAGAGACAAGCAGUACAUGGACAAAGAACAGGAGAAGCUGAAUGAGCAGCGUGAGCAUGCAAAGCAAGUUGCUACCUACAACCUGCACAUGUCAGAGAAGAAAGAGAAGACUCACUACCCUCUCUUUCCUACUUCAUUCGUCUUCCCGGCUCGGCCCCUCACUCCUGCCAGAAGGAUCCAGCAGCAUCGUUACAUGGACGAGCUUCAGAGACAGAUAGAGACUCGGCGGCGACACGAGGCUCAAGACCAGCAGAACCGUCUACUCAUGGAGCGUCUAGACCAGGUCCAGCUGGUCCAGGAGGUAGCUUUGCAGAGAGCUCAGCAGCUCCAGCAGAAACAUGAGAAAACUACAAAUUACAAAAAGGCUCUGGACACGCAGGUGGGAGAUAAGAAGUGUACACACCCACCAGAGUGCCAGGCUGACAACUGCGGGUUCAACCGCUGUGAGACAGCAGCCAGCAAUGUAGAGAGACGAGAGAGGGCACAGAAGCUCUUCCAGUUAAAUUUCAGCGCUGCCACUCAGAGAAAGAAGGAAGAACUGCAAAACCGGCAACAACAGCUGGAGAAAGAAAGAGAAAUUCUCAAACACAACAAAAUGGAGCUGAUAAUGGACCGCAUUAAUCGCUUUGAGAAGAGGCGGGACAUCAGUAAGUCGCUAGAGGAUGAGUGGUGUCGCAGUGCGAAGCUCAAGCACCAACAAGAGGAAGAGGAGCGACGCUUCCUGAGGUCUGCUGGUCAGCUCCUGGUAGAUAAGCUUGCACAGUACAAGCGCUGCUGCCAGUGUCAGAGGAGGACCACCAACUGUGGAGAGACCAACAUCUGGAAAGAGUCUCAUUACCUCUCUGGCUCACAGUUCAUGAUCUGACAAACAGUGUAGCCUGCAGCAGCACUUAAACAACAAUACCUCACAGCCUAAACAAGACCUCUACCCUUACAACUCGUUAUGUGAUGGUCACUAAAGAUUAUGAUGAGUCAAGGAUAUGUGAAGCGACUGAUACUUGUGUGUUUUGUUGUUCAGCAUGCACGCUCCUCUGUUUUAAUGUGAGAUUUAGUAUUGCUCCGUUCUUAAAUCAGUCUUCAGAGUUUGUUGUACUUUUAUUUUUCCUAGAAUAUAGUUGUGUUUGGUAAUUAUAUAUCACAAGACUACAUGUUACAAUAUUAACCCAUAACAUAUUCAGUCAAUAAAAUCAUUGCGAAUUUC